GUGUCUUUAAAGUUUCUCCUCCUCCUCCUCCUCCUCCUCCUCCUCCUCCCUCCCUCCCCGGUGGCACAGAGCUGCUCUGGUCUUGUCCUCGUAGUAAAGGAGUACACACUUGGAACAUCAUGGGGAUCAAAUUCCUGGAGGUGAUAAAGCCCUUUUGUGCAGUAUUACCCGAAAUCCAGAAACCUGAAAGAAAGAUUCAGUUCAGAGAGAAAGUACUAUGGACAGCAAUCACCCUCUUCAUAUUCCUGGUGUGCUGCCAGAUCCCACUCUUUGGCAUCAUGUCGUCAGACUCUGCAGAUCCAUUCUACUGGAUGAGAGUAAUUCUGGCUUCAAACAGAGGUACUCUGAUGGAGCUGGGUAUCUCACCCAUUGUCACCUCAGGCCUCAUAAUGCAGUUGCUUGCUGGAGCUAAGAUCAUCGAAGUUGGAGACACCCCCAAGGACAGAGCCCUCUUCAACGGAGCUCAGAAAUUGUUUGGUAUGAUCAUCACCAUCGGCCAGGCCAUUGUGUAUGUGAUGACUGGCAUGUAUGGAGACCCCUCGGAGAUGGGUGCCGGGAUCUGUCUGCUCAUCAUCAUUCAGCUGUUUGUGGCUGGGCUGAUUGUGCUGCUGCUGGAUGAGUUGCUCCAAAAGGGCUACGGUCUUGGUUCUGGGAUCUCCCUGUUCAUUGCUACCAACAUCUGUGAAACCAUCGUCUGGAAAGCCUUUAGCCCCACCACUGUCAACACUGGCAGAGGCACAGAAUUUGAGGGAGCAGUCAUCGCUCUUUUCCAUCUGUUGGCCACAAGGACAGACAAAGUGCGAGCUCUGAGAGAGGCCUUCUACAGACAGAACCUGCCCAACCUCAUGAAUCUCAUUGCCACAGUGUUUGUCUUUGCUGUUGUCAUAUACUUUCAGGGCUUCAGGGUGGAUCUGCCCAUCAAGUCAGCUCGCUACCGUGGCCAGUAUAACACCUACCCUAUCAAGCUCUUCUACACCUCCAACAUUCCCAUCAUCCUGCAGUCUGCCCUGGUCUCCAACUUGUACGUUAUCUCCCAGAUGCUCUCCACACGCUUCAGUGGCAAUUUCCUGGUCAACCUGCUUGGGACCUGGUCUGAUACAUCAUCUGGAGGCCCAGCCCGUGCCUACCCUGUGGGUGGACUCUGUUACUACCUCUCUCCUCCAGAGUCAUUUGGGUCUGUCCUAGAGGAUCCAGUCCACGCCCUCAUCUAUAUUGUGUUCAUGCUUGGAUCAUGUGCCUUUUUCUCCAAGACAUGGAUUGAAGUCUCAGGCUCUUCUGCUAAAGAUGUGGCGAAACAGCUGAAAGAGCAGCAGAUGGUGAUGAGGGGACACAGAGAGACCUCAAUGGUCCAUGAACUUAACAGGUACAUCCCUACUGCUGCUGCUUUUGGCGGACUCUGUAUUGGCGGUCUGUCGGUGAUGGCUGACUUCCUAGGGGCCAUCGGCUCUGGCACUGGUAUCCUGCUGGCCGUCACCAUCAUCUAUCAGUACUUUGAGAUCUUUGUCAAAGAGCAGAGUGAAGUGGGCAGCAUGGGGGCCCUGCUCUUCUAGGCAAGCCAAUGUCCUCCCACCUCCGUUUAAUACACAUGGGCGAGCACCAACCCAAGCCUCACCAAACUUGCUGUUAUUUUACAUCUUUGUCAAACACCUGCAUAUUUGGCUCUCCAGUUUCGGGAUGUUUCUGGGAAUCUCCCGUUCAAUGGUCUUCAGGAAUCGCAGCUGAAGCAGGAUGUAGCAACGUGGUGCGACUACAUCUUGACAUUAACCACCGCUUGCUCCCUCCUUAACUUUCAAAAUAACACUUAGCCCGACAUCUCCGUUUAUACUUGAUCAGUUGUUUUUUUUUUUAACUGAUUUGAAAUCGAUUAAGCUCCCAAAGAUUCACUCAAGAGCUUCAUUUGUGUAUGAAUCUGACGAUGUUAACGGCAAGUGAUUGAAACAAAGCGGGAGCCAGACCAACAAGAGAGCUCUUCAGUAUGCAGGCAUACUAGACUUGGACGAGGGCGGACCGCCUCCCUCUGUGUGCAUACAAGCAUUUGAUUUUCUGCUUGUAAAACAUGAUCACCCAUGCUUGGUGUUAAAUAAUUUUAGUUUAUACCCUUACUGUACCUUUUCAACUCUUAUCUCUUUUUUUUUUUUUUUUUUUUGGAUCAGUUAACCUGCAUAUCAGGGGUAGGUGUUGACCAGAAACUGAACUGUCAUGAACUGAAUUUUUCUGAAUUGUGACUCUGUUUUCCGAUUGUUUGAACCGAGUCUGUAAGUAAAGGACAUGGGGUUCACAUUAGAGCCCACCUGUCAAAUAAAUUGUUUACUUUAUUUUGUGAAUGUGUACAAUGCUACAGUCCUCCAGCGAAGCACUGCAAACAAGGGUGCUCACUUGUUUUGAAAUGUGGCAUUCCCAUGGAGAGACAGUAUUAACUAGCAUAUGCCGCAUUUAUUCUCGUUACCCACUUUGUAAGAUUGAGUGAGGUUACUAUUUUUUAUUAUUAUUAUUAAUGGUCUGCUUUAAGCAUAAUUGCAACGAUCACUUUUUUCACACCCCAUACAUUCUGUUUUUCUGUAUAUAGGCCAUGCAUUAAUGAAUUCCACUGAAGUGUAAGAUAUGUCUUUUGAAUAUGUAAAAAGAAGAAAUGCAGUUCUGAACAAACUUAUUCUAGAAAAACAUUCUCAAUAAAACCUCAUUUUGGGAAAAA